CACUCCACAAUGGCGUCGACGGCGCCGCCCUUCCCUGAUGCGCCUCCGGCGAGACCCUGCCCUGAUGGCCUGCCGACGACACCCUGCCCCGGUGCACCUCCGACGGUGGAGGCGCAGGCGAGCCUGCCGGAGCACGUCACGGAGGAGAUCCUCCUCCGCCUCCCCACGGCCGCCGACCUAGCCCGCGCCUCCGUGGCCGGCACCUCCCCCCGCUGCAUCAUCGCCGACCAUUCCUUCCUCCGUCGCUUUCGCACCCUCCACCCGCCGUCUCUCCUGGGCAUACUAGUCUCGACCUCCUUCCUCCCAGCCCAGCCGCCCCACCCCUCCGCCGCCACCGCACGAGCCCUCGCCGACACCGACUUCUCCUGCUCCUUCCUCCCCUCCCGCGAGCGGCCCUGGAUUCGUCGCGACUUCCGCGACGGCCGCGCCCUUCUCUGCGUCCACCACCACGACCUUUUCAUCUUCAGGGAUAUCGCCGUUUGUGACCCGAUGCAUCGGCGCUACCUCCUGCUACCUCCCGUCCCUUGGUACCGGCCCGAUCUAGUGGAUCAUUCCGAGGCCUUCCUUGCUCCUACCGGCGGGGACGAGGGCACUGACAUUGCUACCGACGCUCCAUUCAGAUUCAGGGUCAUGUGCUUGGCCAAAUACCAGACCCAGCUGGUUCUGUUCGCCUUCUCUUCGUCCGGCCCCGGUGCCGGACAAUGGCACACCGUCACAUUUGAUGGUUGGCGCUCUCUGGUUUAUACACACAUUGGAUUUUCGAUUAAAAAGAACACUAGGAUCACACAUAAUGGAGUGUAA